AUGAACACUUUGUGGGAAAUUGGGCAUAUUAUGGGAUUGCAGGCUCAGGAAAGGGCCGCAACUUAUGCUCAGGCAGUUGAGGCCGCCCCGAAUGCUGGUGAUGGAGGAAAUCAGGCCAAUCCAGGGCAGGCUCAACCAACAGGGAUUAGGCAGAUGCCUCAUUUAGUGGAGCAAUUUAUAAAGCUGAAGCCGCCUAAAUUUCAUGGUCGCGGUGACCCCGAGACUGCGCCAAGAUGGGUGGAAGAAUUGGAGAAAACCUUCAAGGUUUUGGAGUGCACCGAUGAGGAAAAGGUAACCUUGGCGGUUUAUCAACUGCAGGACGGUGCAAAUGAUUGGUGGAAUGCCACGGAGGGCAGAGUGUUUCCUGAAGGAAUGGCCCCGACUUGGGCGGGCCAGAUGACUGUCGAUCAAUAUGAAGCCGAAUUUGCAAGACUGGCAAAGUUUGCACCGACCAUGGUAGAAAAUCUGCGGGAUAGAGCUCGGAGAUUCCGGGAUGGACUGAAUCCGGAUCUUCGGAGCUUGGUUUUGUCUCACGAUAUCAAGGAUUAUGGGGAAAUGCAUAGGCGGGCUCAGAUUAUGGAGCGGGAUCAGCAGGAAAGGGCAGCCGCUUCGAGAUCGCGGUUUGCCCAAAACAGAGAUAAUCGCCGUUUGGGAAAGAGACCUAUGACUGGGAAUAGGCGGUUUGUCCCACCGGCCAGGCGGAAUCUUGGGAAACCGAGCCCCCAACUGAGUAGAUAUGGGGCAUGUUUUAAGUGCGGGAGUAUGGAGCAUCAGAUUCGCAGUUGCUCGCAGUUGCAGCCCUCAGGACCACCCAGAUUACCGCCAUCGCGCAUUGGAAAUCAAGCCAGACUUCCCUCACCGGCUAAUCAAGGGCGACCGCCAGCUUAA